AAACAUUUUCAAAUCCCAAUUUCUAUUUUGGUCUUUAAUUUUAUAAUUCAUCUAAGAAGUUUUUUCUAUUCUAAUUCAUAAAGUUUAUACGGGCCAAGUAUUUAAAUACGACGUAUACAUGUAAUUUAUUAUUCAAGAUACAUAAAUUACGGCGAAGAUUAUUAGGAUUUUAAUUACAAUGACUUUACUGCUUAAGAGCGUUUGGCGCAAUGUGCUGAGAGGCGGGCAGCUUAACAACACCACAUUGAGGUCUACCAGCUUUUCAAGUGUUUCAGUGACAGAAACUCGUUCCAAAACCCCAGAUAACAUUAUGAUGACCAUAAAGACAGCUCCAAGUGCUGGUGAAGUGUUGGCCGCAGUGCAAGCCAAUCUGCCGCUGUUGACACAUAGACACAUGCUGCAGGCACUGAGGAGCUUGUUUGAACUGCAGAAAACUAGCAAGUAUGACAAAAAUCAAGACACAAAUGCAAUAAUAAAAAAUCCAACUUUCAGUGUACUCUGUCAAAAUUUUAAAAAACAUGCUCGUGCUCUAGACACGAACGAAAUCGUUGAGGCUGUCAAAUUUUUAUCCUACCUCAAAGUCCCCGUCGACUCUCUGAUCGUCCAAACCAUGCUUCAAAUGAUCAGAUGUAACAUCAACAUGUUGAACACCCAGCAGAUUAUGUUCGUCGAUUUUAUUUUGUCUCAAUUUGAUGAAAAAAACCAUUUAGUAGAUGCACUUAAACUAGCUUUACCUUUAGCAUUCCAAAUACAUCUUCCUCUAGAACUAGAUAACCAAGACUUGCCUUUGUUAAGAGAUAUGUUGAUAUACUCUUGCUCUCGCGAUUUGCCAGACCGUUGUAUUAAUAAUGUGGUAACUGGGUUACUGCUGCACGAUCAAGCGAUCAAUGCUCAUAUGGCCAAGUCUAUAGUUUGGGCUUUAUGCCAAGUUAACUGCACAGAACAAGCCUUCCCUACUAGAGUCCAACUUCUCCAUAUUUGCUGUGAUGUAUUAACUCAAUCAAUAGAUAAUUUACCGUACGAUGAUGUGUUGAGAACGGCUGCUAGAUUGAAAGGGAGGAUUUUGGAGAAGCAUCCGGAGUAUUAUCAUCCCCAGCUGAUGGACGCGAUCGCUAAUUACGUCAUCAAUAAUAAUGUUGAGUUUGAAAAGGGAUUGCUUAUUGCGAGAGUGCUGUCAAGGAUUGCUCACACACAUCUCGCCCUAGUGGAAUACCUCUGCCAAAAAGCCGCCUCCAACCCUGACACAUUAUCAAAUGCACGCACAAACAUUUUCUUUGGAUUCAUCAACUGCUUGGCCAAUAACAACUUUACCCCAGAACCCGACCAAUGGGCAGAGUUGCGGAGGCAAAUAUCGGCCAAUCCAGUGCUCAAUGCUACAAAUGCUGCUUUACCUUGGGCAAAGCUUUGCCUUGAAUUGGCGUCAGUUGGGCAUUAUGAAGAUAGAUUGUUGAAUAGAGUGUUUUCUGAAGAAUUCUUGGAUGAAUACUUGGCCAGGGAUAACAAUACAUUGGAUUACCUUCAGUUACUGACUCUGUAUCAGGCAGUACAAACGUUUUAUAGUGAGGAUUAUAAACUGCCAGAGAAUAUACUGGAGAAAGCCAAGGAUAUGUAUCCCACUCAUUCAUUGACUGGUGUUUUGGUGGAGCAUUUGGCGAGAGGAUUGGGAGGGCCGGAGUACGUCGCCAAGAACGUGGCGCUACCCAAUGGUAUUGUUUCAGAUGUGCUAGUGGCUGUGAAGGGAGGAUAUCCCAUAGAGUUGCCGGCAAUCAGCAGCAGCUUGAAACUGCCCAUCAAACAGCUCAACAUUCCGCAGGAUGCCAUUGUAAUAUGCAUCAUGAAUUUCAACCAGGGCUGCUUCUCAAUGAACAGUAACCGCCUUCGCGGACCGUUCCGUCUUAUUCUAGACAUACUGGAGAAGCAGGGCUACGCCACCGUGGCCUUCAAUGUCAACGAGUGGCUCAGUUCACCUGCGCACGAACGGACGCCCUACCUCAUCAGGGAAAUAGGGUACAAAUGUGGGGAAAUAGGGCUGAAGUUAUCGGCAACUUGAUAAAAAACUGUUUGUCUAUGGUUUAGUUGGACUAUUGGCGCCAAUAUUGUCGUGUACAAAACCUAUAAUUGCUAAAAAUCAUGGUAUCCAUUUUUGUAGAAAAACUUUAUAGUGUGAAAGGAUGACAUAAUUUUUUAUGAUAAAGUUUAUUAGUUUUGGGUACGAUAGAAUGGGUAGCAUUUGUAUAAAAUUUUAGUAAAAUAAAGGCUGAUUGUUAUGUUGACUUUUA